AUGGGAGCCGAACAAUCUGUAACCCUAUCUUGCGUCGUCGAUCGCUUGACCCAUGCACCUGGUGAAAAUGUCCAAGGAAGCGUGUUUGUGCAAGUCAAUACGGCUGAGGAGCUCUCCAAUAAGUUUGAGGGUGUGACCGUCACUCUUGCUGGAGUCGAAUGCAUGAUGAUCCCAGAAUCUGGUCAAAUCAUUCCUGGAAGCAGGAAGAUCACCAUUGUCCAAGACAUUGCCAAUUUCAAGGAUGGCAGCAUCACCGAGGGCGAGUAUGAGUUCCCGUUCUCUUUGGCACUUCCCUUUGAAAGCGUUGCUGCAAAGGAAGGAUCAUUAUCCAUGGAUGAUUCUUUGCUGCCGGCAUUGGUCCAUGCCCGAUCUGAUUCGUAUUCCUCCACCGAAUCUGACGAUUCGGCUCCGGACGAUGUCAGCGCCACGCCCGCCUCCUUGUUGCCUGGCACCAAGCAGCAAAUCAUGUACGAAAUCAAGGCCAGUCUCAAGCGAAAGCCAGGUGUUCCAAUCACAAAUGACACUGAUUUCCGCUGCAAAGCCCAUAUUGCCGGUGACAUUCGAGUGCAAUAA